AUGACUUCUUCAUCCCGGUCAUCCGGGAAACGUCUCCCUAUCAGCUGUCAAGCAUGUCGCACACGAAAAAUCCGCUGUUCAAGAGAUGGUCGUCCCUGCCAGACGUGUGUGCGACGUGGUCUUGGCGCUGAAGACUGCAUCUACCUCGGCCAACCUCGACUCUCCUCAGAACAAUCUCCCACAGCGGACCCAAUGGUUCAAAAAGAACUACUCGCACGCAUCCGCAAUCUCGAGGGCCUGCUACAAAAACAGGUCCACUCGCAGGCGGGGACUCCCGCCGGUGCGACAUCACCUUUAGGUGCCGCCAGUGCCACGGGGAGCUUCUCUGAAUCUGAGCUAGGUGUUUCCCUGGAGGCGUGGGGAAGCCCGUUGCUGGGUAAUGUUGGUACCCUUCACACGUCGCCCUCGGGCCAUGUGCGGUACGUCCCGCUUGCUUCGCAGUGGGAGUCGGUCGUUGCGAAGAGCCCCGCUGCGGAGUGUUUGCGGAGCUCGGAUGCGGACAUCGCGGACGAUGAUGAUCUACAGAUUCCACUUGCGCGUAAUGGAAGUAUCUCUCGGGCUGAGUUGUUGGCCUUGCUCCCGCCGGGACGGUAUUGCGAUACCCUUAAAGAAGUUUACUUUCGAGUAUUCUCUCCUGUCUUCCAUAUUCUUCACGACUUGACAUUCGAGGCCGAAUAUCAACAGUUCUGUCAUGAUCCUGGCAGUGUAUCAACGGCCUGGAUGGCCCUGCUCUUCGCUAUCCUUGCGAUAGCGGUUAGUGCUUUGAAUGACGACGACCCCCUUCUCGCUGAUCUCGGACGGGAAAGGACAGUCAGCCGGAAUAUCAAAGUGCUCUCAGCACGAUACCGAUCUGCAGCACUGCGCUGCUUGGCCGCAGACGGUGUCAUGACUCGACAUUCAAUCAACUCGCUCCAAGCUCUCGUUCUCAUCAGCUACGCCCGGCUACACCGUGGCCUUCCAUUCUGGACCCUUCUUGGCUUCACCAACCACGUUGCUAUCUCAAUGGGUUGCCAUAUUGAUCCCGAAAGGUUCAGUCUAGGCCCCAUUGAGCGCGAAGAGCGCCGCCGUGUCUGGGCCGGUCUCAUGAUGCUCUACACUAUUCAAAAUACCUCCUUUGGUAGCCUAGACCAGACACAACUCCCACAGGAUGUGAAGCCACCAGCAGACGUCGACGAUGUGGAUCUCCUUACUGCUCCAUCAAUUUCUAUUACCUCCAACCCAUCCUCCCCGAUCCUCACUCGCCCCACACAAAUGACCUUCCUACUCCUUACAUCCCGUCUCUACAAGGUCUCCAACCGCAUCUGCGAAUCCAUUUUCACAUACCCGCAAUCUCGCUUCUCUACCUCCCAACUAGAAUCGGAAGUCCUAGCUAUCCGCGAGCUCUGUGACGCGAGGUAUAACCUCGACACAGCGCGCGAUCCGCUCCCUGUUCACCACCAGGCAAACCUGAACAUUCUCUACGCUCACAUCCACCAAUUACUCCUGCUCCUACUACGACCCAGUCUCUGCCAGUUCCUGCAGGGCGAGAUCACAUCCGAGACAUGCGAGGCUCGUGGGAAAUGCAUGGCUUCUGCCAAGGCCUCACUAUCCAUCUUCCAGUCCCUUCUCGAGAACCCACAAUUCGCGCCAUAUAAGUGGUAUACCAGCGGAUUGGGUAGCUUCCAUGCCUUCCACGCGGCGGUAGUCUUGGCCGUCGGUCUGAUGAACCCGGAGAAUCAGGCUGAAUUCGACGAGACGAAAGAGAUACUCAGCAAAGCGCUGGAUAUGUUUGCCUCGUUAUCUGUACGAAGUAUCUUCUGCAGCAAAGCCAUGCCCAUUGUCCGGCAGAUUAUCGACGUAACAUCAACCCAAUACCAACAAACCCAACAACACAAAACCCCCCUCCAAUCCCAACUCCACCUCCAGGCCCAAAUAAACGCCCAAGCUAUCCCCCAGCAACAAUCUAUGCCCACCUCUCUGGCACCAGCGCUCUCCUCAAUCACCAUGCCAGACAACUUCAUGCUUUCACAUUCGCACUCACAAGCGAACUCACCCGUGCCCACGAUUGCGUCCACAUCCAGUGAUCCAACCAUGCAAUCUAGUUUUGGAUUGCAUUUGCAUCCGCAGAAUUGGCUAGGGCCAACGUCUGUGCCGUGGGAUACGCUUGGUGCGUCGAUGGGGCAGUUUAAGUUUGAGUCGGAUGUUGUGUAG